GAAACAUAUGAACUGUAUACCGGAUGCGCCUGAGAUUCUCAGACGUCUGCCAUGGAUUACAGCGAACUGCUUGCACAUAGUUUUAUCAUUUGCUACUAUAUUACUAUCAAUCAAAUUCGUCUCAAAACUAAGAAAAUCCGGUCUACUAAAUGCUUCAACUGUAAUGUUGAUGCUGCUAUUUACUGCAUUUGCCAAUGUGCAUGCUGUCGUCCUCAUAGUGAUUCAGGUAUACGGUAUCAUCAACAGUGCUAUACACACGGAUGCAUGCAGUCUUAGCAUGAAGACAUCAAAUUGUGCAAUUUUCAAUUUCACCUUAUUGUCGUGUGUGGUCGGAAUGACAAUUUGCCAAAAUGCUCUAUGGAUCGAUCGUCUAGCGGCCACCAUACGUCAUAAGCUCCACCAUCAACAUGCUAAAUGCUUUGGUGGUUCAUUAUGUGCUUUAGUGAUUUCUCUAGCCGUUUUGGUGCCUUUAUUCAUACUAUACGAUGAUCCUUAUGAUGAUGUAGUACUGACGUGCCUGUUCAUUCCAGCUGGUAGUUCAGUUGAAGUAAAUCGCUUGUUCAACGCGUUCCUCAUAUUGAACCUAGUAGCUGUGACUGCAAAUAUUAUACUGUAUCUUGUGAAUCGGCGAAGACAGAAGACAUUACGAUUCAAUGUAACAAAACGCUAUCGAUCAUUUGAAAAUAUUCUCAUAUCGAAAUGGGUAGGAAUGGUGGUGUCUGUUCAAUUCAUAUUUCUAAUGACAUAUUCGCUAGCUAUGUUCCUCAUUAGAACAAAAAGUCAAAACAUGCAUGAGGUGACCAAGCAAGUACUUAGAAUCUGGUUUUAUGUUGUUCCUUUCUCAACCGUUGCACUACCGUUGAUUUCGAUUCUCGCGUUUCGAAUUUUUCGAAAGCAUCGAGCGGCAGCUAUAACGCGAAUGACAAGCAUGAAAGCUGACGACAACACCUACAUGAAACAUCUGAUGAAAAUGUGGAGUUAGAAGAAGGAA